UCACUCUCAAAGCAUCUCUCUUCACUCUUCCAAUUCUCUACUCUAUCAAUUUUCAAGUCUUUCAGACUCUUUCAAACCAACACCACCAAAAUGAAGUUCUUCGCUGUUGCCGCUGCCUUCGCCGCCACCGCUGUGGCCCUUCCCAACGCCAACGGUGCCCACCACAAGGACCCCAAGCAGUUGACCCUCAAGCAGGCCCAGAACACCUGCGGUCAGGCUAAGGUGUCUUGCUGCAACAAACAGGUUCAGUCUGGCGACAACACCCAGAAGAGCUCUGGUAUCUUGGCUGGUCUGCUCAACAACGUCCUCGGUGGUGGCGGUGGCCAGGGAAUUGCUCUCUUGGACGAGUGCUCUGACCUCUCUGUCGCUGCCGUCAUCGGUCUCGAUGACCUCCUUGGCAAGUCCGAAUGCAACCAGAACAUUGCCUGCUGCGAUGCUACCAACGCUGAGGCUGAGGGUGGUCUCGUCAACGUUGCCCUGCCUUGCGUCCAACUCCAGGACCUCAUCUAGAUGGUUCCCAUCUUUCUUUGGAUGGCUUCCAUUUAGC